AUGGCACCAAUUUUUAACCGACUUCGCACCGCUCUUUCUCGUCGAGACAAAAGACUAUCUUUUUCUGUCGGACCAAAGGAGUCGUUUUGGAAACGACUCCCCGACAAAGUCCUCGUCAGAUUGGUCUCAUUAUGUGAACUAGAGAACAUAGUGUCGCUAGCAUUAACAUGUCGUUUAUUACAUCGACGAAUUUUCAAGAACGAAUUGGCUAUAUCACAUUCAUACAUGGAUCUCCGUCGACGGCGGGGAUCUAAUUCAAACAACAAUACAAUCUCCUCGCCGGGUGACGACUUGACCUUCAUAUCCGAGCUAUUCCCACCACCUCCACCUCAAUAUGCCAUAGGUGACAGUCACGAUGAUGCCGAUUAUUCCUUUGCCUAUCUAGCAGACCUUCAGCGGUGCUGGACGACCUGCAUUCAGUUGUCUUAUUAUCUGGCCGAUCACGCCGUUCGACAUCAUCUGGAUACGGACCCCAUUGCUCGGCCGCUUUGGACAUCUUCCAAGACAGAGAAAGAAGUUGUCUAUAGUAAAGCUGUUGAAGCACUUCAUGUCAAACUCCUUCAUUCAAUGGCGUACGCGAUCUUCUUUCUUGAGUCCUGUGCAGCAGACGAUUCGGGUUCGAACUCCUCGCGCCAGCUCGUCAACCUUUUCAAGUCCAUUGGUGAUCAGGAAUCUAUUCUUCAGUCAGCACCGUUCACAAACUCUCAGUGUCUUCUUUCAACUCAGCACUGCUUGGAGCUUCUUUGUGCAACUGUCCGCCGGCUCAUGCACCCCGAAUUCCCUUAUUCAUCCUCCGAAAAUUGGGUCAGUCUUCUCCUAAUGACUUCCACUUUAGAGCGAAUCCUCCAAUUCUUCAUCGCAGUUGCGCAAGAUGAGGAGAAAAGAGAUUCCCCGUCCUGUGCCUCGAACUGGUCUCAUCGGAGGGAGUUUAUGUGGCAGAUGCGUAAAGACCUGGGCCAGUAUAUGGCGAGCUCAGAUUCAAGUCCCAAUGAAGUCUCCCACGCUCCCCUUGCUCUUGAUAAAGUCUGGUUUGGGGCUUGUCACCAGGAAAUGCUUCGAAGAGGUGCCGUCCCGCACGAAAUUGAAGAACCCGUUCCGGUCCUCCAUGGGUCUGCGGUAAAAUUGCAUUGUAAAUACUGCUACAUCGAGGAAUAG